AAAAUUAUAUAUCUUUUGUUGAUAGUGUUAGAUACCAAUGGGCUGCAAGUCAAAUACUUAAUUUUGUGAUUUAUCAUAAAUAAACAAGUAAAUGGUGUUCAGAUGCAAUUGCUAAUAAUAAUAAUAAUAAUAAUAAUAAUAAUAAUCAUUAUUGAGUUAUGUGAUUUCGUCUGUGGAUCCCACCAAUGGGUAUUUUCUUCUCUUUUAUAUUAUUCCACACUUUCCCUUCUUUCUCACUCUUCUUUUUUGCUCCUUUCCUCUCUCUUCAUCCAGUGAGCAUAACAAAUUCAAUCUUUCAGUGGAGCGAUCAAUCCAUUUCUUGGGGGAUUUUGCUAAUUACAGCCACUGGGUUUGGUUUCUUUAUCUUUCUGUCAGAUCAAGUAUCUCCGUCAAUGGCAAUGAUAUUGAAAGAAGACAAAACUAACCUUAGAACGAGCAAAUGCUAAAACAAGAUUCAUGCGAAGCCACUUUGAAGCAUUUUGUGAAGCCACUUUGAGGUUAUAAUUGAGAUGAAAUUUUGUUGAGUUGAGUUGAGUUGUGCUAAAACCUUUGUGAAGCCACUUUGAAGCAUUUUGUGUCUUGAUUUUUGGUUACGUGUGCUUCCAUUUAACCCGUGACUCAGUGUUGUCCAAUGGCUGCUAUAGGAGCCCUAGAAGCCUCAUCAACUCGAUUUUCUUAUCACGUGUUCUUGAGUUUUAGAGGUGAAGACACCCGGAAUACUUUCACCGAUCACCUUUACACAGCGCUACUAUGUGCAGGAAUACGCACAUUUAGGGAUGAUGAAAGACUUGAGAGAGGUCAGAAUAUCGCCUUAGAACUAAAUAAGGCAAUCCAAGAGUCGAUGAUUUCAAUAAUUGUCUUCUCAAAAGACUAUGCAUCUUCAAGAUGGUGUCUUGAUGAGCUUCUGAAUAUCCUUAAGCACAAGAAGACUGUUGGUCAUAUGAUUUUGCCCGUCUUCUAUCACGUGGAUCCAUCAAAUGUAAGAGAGCAGACAGGAAGUUUUGCAAAUGCAUUUGCUAUACACGAAGAGCGAGUUAAGGCAGAGAGAGAAGAAAUAAAAGAGGAGGGGUUGGACAAGAUAAAGAGGUGGAAGGCAGCUCUUAGAGAAGUUGCAGAUUUGGCGGGGAUGGUUUUAAUAGAUGGGAAAGAAUCAAGUUUUAUUCAAAAUAUUGUUAAAGAGAUUAGCAACAAAAUGAAUCGCACGGUCUUGAGUGUUGGUCCAUACCCAAUUGGAAUAGAUGCUCGUGUAGAAGGCAUAAAUUCGUGGAUACAAGAUGGAUCAAUUGAUGUUGGCAUACUGACAAUCUGUGGAAUAGGUGGGAUCGGGAAGACAACCAUUGCUAAAACUGUGUAUAACCUAAACUUCGACAGAUUUGAAGGUAGCAGCUUCCUUGCAAAUAUUGGAGAAACAUCAGAACAACCAAAUGGUUUGGUUAGUUUACAAAAACAACUUCUUUCUGAUAUUCUAAAGGGGAGAGAAGAAAAAAUCAGCAGUGUGGAUGAAGGAAUCAUCAAGAUUAGAGAUGCUAUUUGCUGUAAAAGAGUUUUAGUUGUUCUUGAUAAUGUGGAGCAAUCAGACGAACUAAAAGCAGUACUCAUAAUGCGCGAUUGGUUUUAUCGAGGAAGUAAAAUUAUCAUAACAACUAGAAAUGAGCAAUUGUUGAAGGCACAUGAACUGUAUAAGAUGCACAGAGUUGACGAAUUAAACAAUGAUGAAUCGUUUGAGCUCUUCUGUUGGCAUGCCUUUGGACAAGAUCAUCCGAUUGAACUUUACUUGGAGCACUCAAGAAGGGUUGUACGCUACUGUGCAGGGCUUCCUUUAGCUCUUGAAGUGUUGGGUUCUUCUCUUUCUGGCAGACCUGUAGAUGUGUGGAAAAGUGCAUUAGAGAAAUUGGAAGCUAUACCCAACACUCAGAUCCUAAAGAAACUAAAAAUAAGUUUUGAUUCUUUACAAGAUGACCAUGACCAAAAUUUAUUCCUCGACAUUGCUUGUUUCUUUGUGAGAAAGAAUAAAGAAUUCACAAUUACAAUACUAGAUGGGUGUGGUUCCUACACAAAAGUUGGGAUUCAAAAUCUCAUAGAUAGAUGUCUCCUAACUAUCGAUAGAAAUAACAAGCUGGCAAUGCAUCAGUUGCUUCAGGACAUGGGAAGAGAAAUCAUACGCCAAGAAUCACCCAAGGAUCCUGGGAAACGCAGCAGAUUGUGGUAUCACAAUGACGCCUUUAGUGUAUUAAAUGAAAAAACUGGAACAGAUUCCAUUGAAGGUCUCAUCCUCAACUUAAAUGUGCCUAGGGAAGAUAGGUCAACCAAGGAAUUCCAUGGUUUAGAUAAUGCAAAUAGACACCAUUCUGAAGGUUUUUUUGACAAAUCAACAUUACAUUCUAAAAGCAAUGCAUUGAAGCAGCGGCUAGGCUUGUUCUCUUGGGUCCCCAUAAAUUCUGCCACAGUAGGAUCACAUUCUACAUCAGAUGAAGUAGAAUUGCAAACUGAUGCAUUUUCAAGCAUGCGCAAAUUAAGACUGCUCCAUCUGAAUUAUACAAACCUCGCCGGAGAUUAUGAAGAAUUCCCCAGGAAGUUAAGAUGGUUGUGUUGGCGUGGGUUCCCUUUAGAAUCUAUACCCAAUUGCUUUCCUAUAGAGAGUGUGGUUGCUCUUGACAUGCGCAAUAGUAGCUUGAAACAAGUUUGGACUGGAAACAAGGUCCCAUACUAACUUUUUCCCUUUUUUUUUUUUUUUUUUUUUUUUUUUGGUGAUUACUAUGAAUGUCAUAUAUUCUAAUUUCUAAAUAGGCCAUUGCAAGGUGCAUUGGUAAAAUGCUUAGGUUGAGUGUGUUAUGCUAAUAUUUUUUACUUUUUUAUACAAUUGCUCAGAUGGUUAAAAAUCCUCAAUCUCAGUCAUUCCCAUGGUCUUACCAAUACGCCCGAUUUCUCACGAGUCCCGAAUCUUGAAAGAUUGAUUCUCAAAAAUUGCAUAAAUUUAAUUAAGAUUCAUGGAUCAAUUGGGGAAUUAGGGAGACUAGUUGUGUUGAAUCUAAAAGGUUGCAAAAAUCUUCCGAAUCUUCCACCUGAAAUUGGUCAGCUAAAAUCUCUUGAAAUACUCAUUGUAUCUUGUUGUUUAAAACUUGAGAAGUUGCCUGAAGAACUGGGCAACAUGGAGUCUCUGAAAGUGCUCCUUGCAGACGAGAUUGGCAUAAAUCAAUUACCCUCUAUGACUACUGGGGUAAGAUCAUGGCCUUCACACUUCCGGGAUUGGCUAUUGGGACCAAGAAGAAUUCCAAAAUCGAUCAGCUUUUCGCUGUGCUCUUUACCACACUCAUUAUCAAGGUUGAGUCUUGCUAGCUGCAACCUAUCAGAUGAUGCUAUUCCAAACAAUCUUGGUAGCCUAUCCCAGUUGCAGUACUUGGAUCUAAGUGCAAAUCCAAUCUGUAGCCUUCCAGAGAGCAUCAAGUGUCUCACUAUGCUCAACGAACUCUAUUUAGGCAACUGCGAAACACUCCAGUUACUUCCGGAGCUUCCAAUGAGUUUAAGGGACUUGUAUUUAUCCAGUUGCAGGUCACUGGAAAUGAUAACAAAUCUACCAAACCUGAAUUCACUGGAUUUGAUGAUAAAUGACUGUGAGAAACUAACUGAGGUUCAGAGACUGUUCAAGUUAGAACCAAUUGGAAACUUUGAUGAAGUAAUGAUCAGCAAUUUGGGCUUGUCCAACUUGGAAUUCCUGAGAAAUAUUGAAGUGUGGUUGGUCAAUAAAAUGACAUUAACUAUAAGAAAACUUCCCCUUCAGGUGAGCUCUAUCUCUAUCUCUCUCUCUCACACACACUCUCCCACACACACAUAUUGGUACGAGUUAAAAAUUAUGAUUUUGAUGCUGUAGGGACUGUAUGAAUUGGGCAUAUUUAGCACUUUUCUCCCUGGUAGUGAAGUUCCAGACUGCUUCAUCAUUAAGAGCAUGAGAUCUUCAAUAUCUUUUGAGGUACCUUCAUAUCCUAAUUUGAAGAUGAAUGUAUAUGUUGUCUAUGCACAAACUGAUAAUCUGAGCGAUGGUUAUUUAGAAAUUUUGGAUGAGUUAUGCAUGAUUAAAGUGAGUAAUAAAACAAAGGAUGUAAAGUGGACAUACUGCCCAACAUUCAUGGGCUAUCCAGAUGAGGGCAAGGAGAUGGUAUGGUUAAGCCAUUGGAAUAUUGUGAAUCAAUUCAUGGAAGCUGGCGAUGCAGUGAAUAUUUCAGUGGAUUUUUGGCAUAAAGGUAAUCUUCAGGUAAAGGAGUUUGGGAUCCAUGUUGUGGAGGAAGAGAAGGAUACCCCAUACAACACCUAUCCUUCUUGUCAAAAUGUUAAUAACUUUGACUUGUCAUCGUAUCAGGUGAGCACAGGUGCUUACUUCCUCUGCCAUCAUCGUUUUGACGUCUAUCAAUGCAACUUUCCUGAUGGUAAUUGGGAUACAGAAAGUUGGUUGUAUGAUAUAUAUUUUGGUGAUACCAAAAGUUGGUUGAAUGAUCUAUAUUUUGAGGAUGUCUCUUUCGAUGAUGAAUGGAUUACCGAAAAAGAGGAUGAAGAAGAUGAUACUGAUGAAGAAGAUGAAGUAGAAAGGAUGACUAGAACACUUGAGGAAAUUUAUGCAAUUGAUGAUAAUGAAGACGUGGAGCCAUUAAAUCCCAUUGAUGAUGCUAAUGAGGAAGAUGGUGAUGAUGAUGCUAAUGAGGAAGAUGGUGAUGAUGAUGAUGCUGAUGGUGAAGAGUUCAAUUUUAGUUUCUAACUUUGGAGAUGGAUGAGUUAGAAUAUGAGAUUUCUGACCUCUAUGUUAUUUUGAGCUACAUUCUCUUUUAUUUAUAUUCAGACUUUGGAAUAUUCUCUUUUAUUUAUAUUCGGAAUUCGGAAUAUUGUUAGGAUUUGAGAUUUGUGAACUCAUGGAUGUGUAAUAU